AUGAUCCCUCGAUCUCUCGUUCGAGCCAUAUGGCUCCCAAUUCUGCUUAUUCAGUCUUCGUUGCUACCAUUUACAGAAGCGGAGGAAGCCAUUAUUACACUCUUGGAAAAUCCAGCUUGGUCGUACCGCGCAGAACUGGCUGAUUUUGGGUACAUCCUCGAUCAACGUCUCCGCUACAAUGCCAAUUUCAUGACACCUCCAAUGGAUGAGACCCAAUUAUGUUCCUUUCCGAAUUUUGCACUGUCGGAUCUAGAUAGAGCAUCCCGGUUAAGCAAGCCGGUUGCUCUCUUGGUCAGUUUGGGAGGAUGUGAAACAGGUCAAAAGGUGGAGGUUGCUUUGGAAAUACACAAGAAAAUCACCAACUUUCUGCGGUUCAUUGUGUUUUAUAAUAACGAUCCCAACAAUCCGGAUGAAAUAUUCAAAGUGAAUCCUCCCAUCAAUACUACAACGUACAAGGACGACUUGGACGAAAUGUCCUUUUCGGCAGUUUCCACAGGGACGAGUUCUGCCAUUUUGGCGCACAUGCAACAGUUUUCAGCACUCUCUGGAAAGACAUCCAACUUUCUAGGACCUUCAAGUGAUGGAUGGAUGUUGGAAAUGAUUAUUGAGACGGCCGCCAAUCCCUUUGACAAGACACGCACCACAACGGAUCGGAUUGGUUCUUCCAACUUUUAUUGGUUCCGAAUUGUCCUCUUUGCACUCUUGGUGCUGUCGCCAUUUUGUCGGGCCAUAUUUUUGUGGUGGACAGGAGGUGGUCGGAUUCGGCUGAGGAGGAAUGAAAAUAGACGGAUUGUUGGCUUCUUGUAUACACCGCCCAUGGCAUAUUGGUUCGUCUCGCAUGGGACACAAGAGGCAGAGCCAGUUGCGGAUAUCAUGACGAGGGAACAAGUCAUGGCCUUGCCAGAAAUUGUUUUCAAGCCACCUCCUCCUUCGGAAGACACUGCUAAUGAUACCGGUGCGACGGAUGUUUCGACGGAUGAUUCAGACGACAAUGAUGCAUUGGACAAACGAGAGGAGUGUGCGGACGAUGGUCGUUUGAUCAAGAUUGUCGAUCGUACUUCUGUAACCUUGCAUAGUUCGCAACCUGUCGAACUUUCGUCUGAAGAUGGAAGCCCCAGGACCACAUGUACUUCAUGCUCUAUUUGCAUUGACGACUUUGAGGCGGGUGAAAAGAUCCGAUUGCUUCCUUGUGGGCAUGCCUUUCAUACUGAGUGCAUUUUGCCAUGGCUCACUCGCCGACAGGGAUGCUGUCCAAUGUGCAAAAAGAGUGUAAUGGGUGAAGAUGAGGACGAGGAAAGUAAUAAUACAGCUGCAGAGUCAGCGCCAUUUUCUAGGUGUUUGGAGAACUCCAGUGGAGUGGACACGAUUGAGGAGUCUGCUACUCGUUCGGUGGAUCGUAGUGUUGCAGCAGGCGAUGCCGAGAGAUCCAGGGGAAACAAUGGAAUUGGCGGAAUAUACUCUAUAAGUGUGGAGGAUCCAGAAGCGGGGACUGAUCAAGUAGUCAAUGCCGUUGUCAAUGGAUUUGAUAGCCCUAGCUAUGAUACCCUGUCCAAUGGAAUUGACAUUGAAAUCGGUGAGGGUAAAAUGCUCCUUCCUGAUAAUGAUGAUGCUGCUGCAUCGGUUGAAAAUUCGAGCAAUGUAGAAUCUGGUCUGCCUGAAAUGAAGACGUCAGAAGCUGAUGCUGGUUCGAGCAAUUUAGAAUCGAAUCUUCCUGAAAUGGAGGAGUCAGGAGCUGGCGCUAAUUCGAGCAGCGUAGAAUCGAAUCUGCCCGAAUCGACAGAGUCAGAAGCUGAUGCCGAUCGAGUGGAAUCAUCGCCCAGUGAUGACGUGGAAAGACGAAAUGGAAAUACGUUGCCAGAGGAAGACAUAUCACUUCCUCUCAAGAGCGAAGUCGAGGAUGCAAAAGCUGGUGAUAAAGAUCAGAAUGAUUCGUUGUCGGCGACUGAAAAAGAGAUGGGGGCAUCGUUCGACGAAAGGGAGGAAUCAGUGGGGGAGACUAUCACUGGUGCCAACCAAUGCAUUGAGUCCAGCCCAACAGAUGGAGAAGAUAACCCUGCUUCCGUCAAAUUAUCCAAUGGUAUCAAAUCCACAACUGCAUCAUCGGGAGAUCCGGCGCAGGUUGACAGCGCAACAGAGUUAGAAUUCCAGCAAUCAUCAGCAUCAAAUUUGCCAAAACAAGAGACAGCUGGAGAAUCAUCAUCAUCGUCACAUUCUGCUGCGCCCAGUAUCUCUGAGGCACCUAUUGCGAACGAUGACCAAGAAGUUGUAUACCAGGCCGAGCCACAAAUUGCGGACACAAGUUCCCAACAGAGUCCAGUGGUAGAGAAUGACAAGACAGCCUUCAUCACUCGACCAGAUUCCGAUAUUCAAGAUCCUAAUGCGACUACUUCUGAUUCAAUGCUCGUGGAGGAUAUCCCAGUACAAGGAAGCGAGUAUAAUGAGCUAUUGAAACAACCAGAAGUGCAAGAAACUGGAGAUGAUGCUUCGAAAGAAGACUUGAUGUGA